ACAUGGAGGUGGGCGGACCCCCGCCAAAAAAAAAAAAAAAAAAAAUGUCACCAACUCCUAUACUCCCCAAAUUCAUGCCAGAUGCUCCACGAUCCCCCUCAUUAAUGCAAAAGGAGCUGCUCGAUUUUUUUUUUUUUUUUUUUUUUUUGGUGGGGGUGUUUGUUUGUUUGUUUGUUUGUUCAAAUCUCUGAAUGAUAAAGUUGACAUCAUCUUUUCGGCAGCACCACCAGACGACCAUGUGCGCACUGUACUUUGCACCUUUUCAUACAAUCCCGGACAGGAUAUUCUUACAUAAGUCGCCGAUAUGCGGUGUUUUUUUUUCUUUUUUUGUUUUUUUCUUCCAGGCUUACACUGCAGCUCUGGAGCUGGAGAGCGAGGCUGCGCUCAGACGAGUGCGGUGCGCGCAGGGAGCUGAACGAUGAGGUAUUUUCUUCCUCUUUUUUUUUUUUUUUUUUCUAUAGGUGACGGGAGGGGAGCUCGCUUCUCUGAGAUGCCACAGGCUUGGGAACCUGAGACGGAAUGGUACAACGGGAGGGCGGCUCGUUUUGUCUCGGCGAGGAGGGGAGCUGUGUAAACCAGACUGGGUGGAGCAACACAUCGCCCGCCCCAUCUAUCGUGCAGACGGCCUUGUGUCCCGUUCGCCUGGAGCUCGGAGAGAGACUACUGUACUGAAAGUCUGGCGGAUAGAGAGAGAGGGGGCCGGUCUAUGGGAGGGACUAGCGCAAAGGGGGGAAUUGGAAGGAGGAGGGGGCGAGGAGGAGGAGGCGGCACGGGUGCUGUUUCUCCAGUCUCUUUCCCCUGUCUUUGUCUCACACACUCUUUUGUUAGCCAUGCCUAGCCUGCUGGUUCUAGCAGGGAUCAUGGAGAAAAAUGGGGGCUACGGCGGGGAUCUGGCCGGCUCCGGCUUCGGAAGCGAAGGUCUCCUUGUGCCGCCCGACGAGGAGGAAGACGACUCCCGUGCCCUCAGGGUCGCGCUGGGCCAGUUGUCUCUGCUGGGGCUCGGGGAAGGCGAGGACGGCGGCGGAGCCCCAACAACAGGAGUACAGGACCGGAGUAACAAUAACAACAACCACCACAACCACACCAACAGCGUCGGCGGCGGCGGGGACACGGCGAUCCUGCAAGGGAAGAGCAAGUUGUGCGCCCUGUACGAGAGCUCCUCAAGUGAGACGAAAGGACGAGGCUGCAACAUAACAGAAUGCGUCCCAGUGCCCAGCUCUGAACAUGUGGCCGAAAUAGUGGGGAGACAAGGUUGCAAGAUCAAAGCCCUGCGGGCCAAGACCAACACCUACAUCAAAACCCCCGUUAGAGGAGAGGAGCCUGUGUUCCUAAUCACUGGCCGGAAGGAGGAUGUUGCACUGGCCCGCCGUGAAAUCAUCUCUGCUGCUGAGCACUUCUCCAUGCUCCGGGCAUCCCGCAACAAGCUGGGAGUGUCCUUUAGCGGCUCCCCGCCCACACCUUUGCCAGGUCAGACCACCAUUCAGGUGAGAGUGCCAUAUCGUGUCGUGGGGCUGGUUGUGGGGCCUAAAGGAUCCACCAUCAAACGCAUCCAGCAGCAAACCUGCACUUACAUCGUCACUCCCAGUCGAGACCGCGACCCCGUCUUUGAAAUCACGGGGUCGCCGAGCAACGCCGAGCGGGCCCGCGAGGAGAUCGAAGCACACAUCGCCUUCCGAACAGGAGGCCUGCAUGACCACAAUAAUGAGAACGACUGUCUGGGGCCGAAUGGUGGAAGCAGCCCAGCGGGCAGCAGCGGUGGUCUGGAGAGCCGGCUACAGCAGGUGUGGGGGCUGCAGGGGGGCCAGCGCAAGCCUCUCACCAGCAGCUACCGCCAGAACUUCUCAGAUGCCAUGGUUGGAGGGGGAGGGGGAGGUGGAAGUGAGGGAGGGGGAAUCUACAACAAGAGCAACUUCUCCAGCUCUGGAGAGAAGCCUUGCUCUUAUUUUGGAUCAGAGGGUACCCAGAGCUGGGGCGACCCUGACUACCCCAAACAGGUGGCCUUCUACGCCCAGCAGCGCUCCAAGAGCUUCGGAGGCCUCCCGCUCCCCCUGACCAGACUCUCCCCUGGCUUACCCGAGCCCUGCGGAGGUGGAAGCACCAACAACUCUUCAGUCACCAGCAUCGUGCCCGUAUCCGGCUCACCUCAUGCCCAGGCCCGCCGCGCCCACAGUGAGCCCACCUCAGCCGGCGAAGGUUUCCCAGGCCGUCUGCCAGUGCCGGACUCGCCACCGGCCACUGUGCGGGACUGCAUGACCUGCUUUGAAAGCAAAGUGACGGCUGCCUUGGUGCCCUGUGGCCAUAACCUCUUCUGCAUGGAGUGUGCCAUCCGAAUCUGUGAGCUCAACCACCCGGAGUGCCCAGUGUGCCACACCCAGGUCACACAGGCCAUCCGAAUAUUCUCUUAAGGAACCACAUCAGUUUUUAUCAUUAGUUUUGUCAGUGUUUGUUCAAUAAUUAUUUACUGUUAUUAUGAUUAUUAUUAUAAUACACAUUUUUGUUUUUCAGAAAAUUUAAAAACAAUCAAGCAGAUAUUUUAGAAGGCACUGCUUGCUUUACUAAAAAGUAUAAGAAAUAUUUUUAAGUUUUUCUUUUAUAUAUAUAUAUGCAUAUAUAUUUUAUAAAAGUUUUGUUUAUAAGAGAAGUAUAGUACCUUGCAUUUUCAGUUUUUUGACUGCUGCUGUUUUUCAUUCAUGAAUCACAGUGUAGGCAGAGGUAGACAGUAAUGUGAACAUUUUAUUAUUCAAAUUUUUUAUUUUACCAUGAAGUGGGUUUAUAUGGAAGGAAGAAGAUGAUUGUUGAGGUACCCAAUCUGCACCUGACUGACCUUGAAAGUCAAUGUUGUUAUUAGAAGGAAAAAUAGAAUUGUCAUUGCACCUUACAAUCAUCUUGGUCUAAAAUAGGAUUUU